ACAUUUCCCAGGAGGCGGCGCGGCGGGCGAGAGCAGAAAAGCCGCGGCUUGCGGGGCGUUGCUCUGUAGCGCAUCCUAGGGCUCCGGGCUUCCCGCGCCUUUUGGCCGCCUUCUGGCUGUCGAGAGGUGGCGGGAUUCCGUGCUGCAGCCGUAAGUCCGUUUUCUUGCUGAGCCGAGUGAGGCGGGCGGUGACCGGAUCCUGCCAUGGCUGCGAACUAUUCCAGUUCAAGUAACAGGAAAGAACAUGUCAGAAUUACAACCAAGCCCCAGCCGGGCUUCCUGGAGCGGCUGAGUGAGACUUCGGGUGGGAUGUUUGUGGGGCUCAUGACCUUCCUGCUGUCCUUCUACUUAAUUUUCAUGAAUGAGGGCCGUGCAUUGAAGACGGCGACCUUGCUGGCCGAGGGGCUGUCACUGGUGGUGUCCCCUGAGAGCAUUCACAGUGUGGCUCCGGAGAAUGAGGGGAAGCUGGUGCACAUCAUUGGGGCCUUGCGGACAUCCAAGCUCCUGUCUGAUCCAAACUAUGGGGUCCACCUUCCGGCUGUGAAGCUGCGGCGCCACGUGGAAAUGUACCAGUGGGUGGAAACUGAGGAGUCCAGGGAGCACACUGAGGAUGGGCAGGUGAAGACAGAGACGAGGUACUCCUACAACACCGAAUGGAGGUCAGAAAUCAUCAACAGCAGAAACUUUGACCGAGAGAUUGGCCACAAAAACCCCAGUGCAAUGGCCGUGGAGUCAUUCACUGCAACUGCCCCCUUCGUCCAGAUCGGCAGGUUUUUCCUCUCAGCAGGCCUCAUCGACAAAAUUGACAACUUCAAGCCUCUGAGCCUGUCCAAGCUGGAGGACCCACACGUGGACAUCGUUCGCCGGGGCGACUAUUUCUAUCACAGCGAAAACCCCAAGUAUCCUGAGGUUGGAGACCUUCGCAUCUCGUUCUCGUACGCUGGGCUGAGCGGUGAUGACCCUGACUUGGGCCCAGCUCACGUGGUCACUGUGAUUGCCCGGCAGCGCGGUGACCAGCUGGUCCCCUACUCCACCAAGUCUGGGGACAGCCUGCUUCUCCUGCACCAUGGGGACUUCUCAGCAGAGGAGGUGUUUCAUCGAGAGCAAAAAAGCAACUCACUGAAAACGUGGGGGCUGCGGGCAGCUGGCUGGGUGGCCAUGUUCACAGGCCUCAACCUCAUGACGCGGAUCCUCUAUACCCUGGUGGACUGGUUCCCCGUCUUCCGAGACCUGGUCAACAUCGGCCUGAAGGCCUUUGCCUUCUGCAUGGCCACCUCGCUGACCUUGCUGACCGUGGCUGCCGGCUGGCUCUUCUAUCGGCCUCUGUGGGCGCUCGUCAUUGGCUGCCUGGCCCUGGUGCCCAUUAUCAUUGCUCGGACACGGGUGCCAGCCAAAAAGCUGGAGUGAGAUAAGCCCGCUCCUGCUGGACACCGCCUGAGCCUCGGGAUCCAGGUCACUCCCCCAGCCAGCACACAUCUUGGAUUCCAUGCGCGCCCUGCUCAGGUGGCAGCCUUGCAGCACGCAGGGUGUUGGGUUGACAUCCAUUAGCACUCCCACCCCUUCUCCCCAGUGGAGAGCAUGGCAAGCGUCCUCCUGCACCCCUUUCCUUCUCCCUGGACUCUGUGGCGCUUGUGUGUCUCACUCAGCUGCUAUCUGCAGAGAUGGUGACACUCAGCCGCCGCCUCAUCUCUGCCUCUCAUCCUGGAGAUAUUGCUGGCGUGCCACCACCACGCCUGAGUGCCAGGACAGUGGCAGGGACACCACAAACCCACUCUGUGCAUGAACUUGACGCGGUACCUAACACAGAAACCAUCGGGGGGCAGGUUGUGACAUGGAAGGUGGGUGUUUUUUGUUUGGCUUUGCACGAAUGGUGCAGUUUGGCAGAAUCUUCCUGGUGUAGGACCCCCAAAGGUCUGGUUACGUUUCUUGUCGCUUGAUUUCUUAGUGUGAAUCUCACCGACCUACCCUAAGGGGUGGUUUCAGGUAAGAUAUAAAAAACUAAACAUCUCCUGAAUGAUUCAUAUCUCAGACUGUUAUAGAAAACACCCUUUGAUCUGCCUGUUGAAGUUAGUUCUGGGCACAGAGUUCAGUGGGCUGUGACUGCCUGGUUGAGGAAAGUUAUCUGUUGGUAUUCUGGGUCCCCAGGACCAGUAUUAAUAAAAGGCUUGUUUUCCUCUGGGAGGAGAUGGGGGUCUCUACCUGGGGAAGAAAAGCCAUUUCCUCUCAUCCUCUGGCAUCAAAACCCACUGAUUUUCUUAAAGAUGAUUCUAAGUUUCUAGUCAGCUACCAUAGCAGGCUCCUUCAUGGUAACCCCAUCAUGUAAAAUCAGGCAUCAGAGGCUGCAGAUUUGCAGUUUCUCUGGCCUGGCUGUUCAUCAUGGAUGUGCUUUUAACAUGAGCAUCUGGGCCUCAAAGUGGCUGCUUCUGGGUGAUUUAUGUGUUCAUUGUCCACAGCUUUAUUCUUAAACUAAACCCACCCACGCUUAAUUCACAUAGUUUCUAAGUUUCCCAACUACUCGCACACCUUUUGAAAGAUAAAGUUUAUUGUAACAUUGAUGUCUCAAAAGCUUAUUAAUAAUGUCCCUUAUCUUUGGACUGUUUGGAAGCUCCUGUGCCCUGCUGAGAGUGGCUGCUUUACGAGUAGUAUUUGGUAGGUGAAUAGGGCUCAGGACUUCUGAAACGUGUGAUCGAUCAUCACCCAUGAUCCUGGCAUGUUGGUGGCAUAAAUUGAGAGUUUUCAUGUUCAGAACAGCCAGCACUAGGGAUGAGUUACCUGAAAUAGUGUUCACUGUGCUUGUUAAAUGAGGAGUUUCACCCAGUCUCUCAAUUCCAAGAUGCUUCUGGAAAAGCAGUGACAGAUGAUGACUAAAUACAAAGUCUUUGACAUUUGGUUUGUGUUUUUUCUAGUACAGAUUUUAAAUUAUGGCCAAUUUCAAGUGUUCUUAAAGAGCAAAAUAAGGUUAAAUAUUUCAAGCCUUUGGAAAAUCAUGAAAUGUGCAUUGUCUUUGUAUUUUUGAUAAAAAUUCAAAAUAAAUUUCUAAAUACCUUUUGA